AUGGCUGUGUCCAAUGCCGGUCGAGGCGUGUCCGGUGCGACGAGAAACGACCAUCCUGCCUGUUCAUACGUUCCAAUCCUCCCCCUUCGCGAACGUAGGGCUGCUACACGUCCCGGAGAGCAAACCCCAUGGGUUGUCCAAAAGUCCACAUCCUUGCCACCUGCCAGGAUUUUUGCAAGGCCAGGAUAUGACUUCCUUGAUCCCUUUGACGCGCUGCCAAUCAAGAUGCCGCUAAAGUCCAAGGAGCUCCUCCACUAUUUCUUACAAGCAGGAGCUACUAUUGGGCCUUUGCCAGUAAACCCAAACGAUUGUGUCGCCUCGGCUACUCGCAAUCCAGAAGUUUUGCAAAAUACCAUGCUGGUAUCAGCUCUUCAUUAUGCAUGGAACAAAGGUGAUCUUGCUGCUUUCGAACCGACAUUUCUGUUUCAUAAGAUCGAGAGUAUAAAGCAAGUGAAUACUUGGCUUACAACCUCAUCUCGCGCAAAGGAAAUCUUGCGAUGUGCGAAAUACAUUAGCACUCUUUGCUUCGUCGAGUGCUGUCUUGGUAACUUUGCAGUAGCCGAGUCCCAUCUAAAUGGCCUAGCGAUUUAUCUAUCUACCAAGGACCGGGAAGCCCUUCGUCAAGAAUGUGACUGUGGUGUUGACUUGGAGCUGACGGAUCGCUACCUUGUAGUAGCCAGCAACAUGAUACACAGCACCAAAAGUCGCUUGGCCGAGGUUGUUCCACCCGAAGUGAUAUCACAACCAGCAGACACAGAACUGGAGGACCCAGAACUAAGUCGAAUGAUUCACAAAAUGCAUCUCAGCGAGGCCAAUGGCCCUGAACUUCGCUUGCGGGCUUUUCGGAUGGUUCCUUUUUUCUUCGGAUCAAUUCCACCAGGACGUGAACCAAAAGAUGUCGACAUGUUCCCAGCGAUUUCUAUACUUCGACCAAUCACAGAACUUGCAAUGCCGACGAACUCAAAAGAUCGUGGUGAUCCAGAUAUUCCCAUGCCUUGGAAUGUUUGGAACAGCGGAGCUCCUUCAAAGCUACUCUAUACAGUCAUCACAGCGCACAUCCAGUCGUUCUCAAAUAAAAUACCACUCCCGACCCAUGGCGAGCCUGUCUAUGUGUCAGGAUGGUCUGGAUUCUGCUCCGCUGUCGACUUUUAUCUCACCACCGUUCUUGCCGUCUGCAAUCAAGGUCUUCCUCCACAACGAGUCCUGCAUUAUCUCAAAGUCGACAUUAUUAAACGAGAUUUGGAAAAUGGGCCGCCGUUGUUUGAUAGUAUGAACACCGAGACGCGUAACCUGUGGUUUUGGAAGGCUUUCAUGUGCGCGUUGAGAACUUUGUGUCUUGAUUCGGAGCUGGAUGAAAUAUACGAGAGUUUCGACUUGGAAAGACGCACACUGUAUAUUGUCAUUUGUGGUCUGGCCAACAGGUCCGGUGAAAAGGGAGCUGUGCAGGGAACUCUGGCAAAGAAUAAGUGUCAGUCAAGGACGCCACGUAACACCAUAGUGCUCAAAAAGAACAGGUCUAUUCUAUCAAGACACAUCUGGGUACAAGUUGACUUGUUGAUCAACAUCGAAGUGAACUACACUGUUACUUUGUCUAUGACCUUACUUAAGAGAUAUCUAGUCGCAGCAUAUAAAUUCAAGCUCAAACUCUGGAAGAAAAGGGAUUCGAUUGCGGCCUUGAUCAAAUAUCAUCUUCGACUACAGGCAGAUGAUACUUGCAUUGUCCUCCCACAAGAGCAAUGGAUGAAUGGCUGCUUCAAUGUUUGUGUUCGUGUUGAAGUCACUGCGGGUAACUCGACUAGGAGCCUCAUUUUUCGCUGUCCUGUUCCUCCUCUUGCCGGACAACAGGCUCCCGGGAGAAAUGACGAGAAGCUCGGCUGUGAAGUGGGAACGUAUAUAUAUAUGCAGCAAAACUGCCCCGAUAUCCGAAUUCCGGAGCUCUUCGCUUUUGGCUUUACAGAUGAUAGCUCUUUCGUCCACGUCCAGCAGACCCCAAUCUAUACCAGACUUUGGCGCAAGGCCUGGAAAUGGAUCUAUAGAUGCUUAGGCUAUCCAAUUCUCUCCGAUUAUAUCCAUGAAAAAUCUGCUCCAGCUGUCGGCACCGCCUAUAUGCUUAUGGAACAUAUUGGUCCCGAGACAGGGAAAAUGCUCUCAACCACCUUGUUCAACGAAUCUACAGAUGCAACACGACACAAGAACUUAUUCACAGGCUUGGCUCGAACCAUGCUCUCGCUCGCCCGUAUUCCACAACAGCACAUCGGAUCGUUCAGAUUCAACUCACUGGACUGCACUAUCGCACUGUCGAAUCGACCUCUAACUUGUACUAUGGCUGUUUUCGAGCAAGAGGGAGCAAAGGCAACAAUCCCAGAAGACCGAACCUAUCAGAACACAGACAGUUUCGUAUCUGACAUGCUGGCAAUGCACGACAAUCAUCUGAUACACAAUCCACAUGCUGUGGUUGACGCGGAUGAUGCCAAAGACCGGAUAGCCAUUCUGUCACUACUUCGUGUAGUUAAACAUUUCUUUGUCUUGCCAGAACGAAGGAGCGGUCCUUAUUUCCUACAGGCAACCGACAUGCAUGCAAGCAACAUUCUUGUCGAUGAGGAGUGGAACAUCACUUGCAUAAUUGAUCUGGAAUGGAUCAGUGCGAUACCGGUGGAGAUGAUGCAUGUUCCCACUUGGAUCAUAAAACGCAGCACUGAACAAAUAAUCGACCACUAUGAUGAAUACGAUGAGGCGAGAAAGGAUUUUAUGUCUAUCAUGGAUCAGGAAAUGAAACAUGUGCAGAUGGAACAUGACAUUCCGAUCGCACAGAUAAUGAGAGAUUCAUGGGAGUCAAAGGGGACGUGGUAUUGGCUCUGCAUAGAGGCUGUGAACCUGUGGCUAUUUCUCUUUGAGGAUCAUAUCAUGCCCAUGUUUUCAUCAAACAAGGGGUUGGUUUCAAAACUGAGACAACUGUUCCGCUUCUGGCAUAAAGAUGCCAAUAACAUUAUUGAAACGAAAGCUGUCGAUGAGAAAAGAUACCAAUCGGAGCUUCGCUCUUUAGUCGAGUCUGGCCAAAAACUGCCAAAGAUUUGA